AUGAUAUGUAAAAAGAGACAACAACAGCAGCCACAUGGAUAUCAUUUAAACAAUUUUUCAAAUGUUACUGUUCAUCAUCAAUCAAAGCAGAUUGAAUCAACAUUAAUUGAACAUACAGCUAUGAGUAAACUUCAAUUAUCACUUGACCUUGCCAAACGUAAAUAUAUCUAUAAAGAUAUAACUGUAUCAAAUACAACGAAUCCAAGUGAAAUAAAUCGACAACUAUUCCAAUGUACACUACAAUCGUCAUCAAUGUCGUGUUUUGAUCAAUGUGUAACAAAUGUUAGAUUUUAUAUUCUUUUGCGAGAUUAUUAA